AUGCUUACGCCCCCGCCUUCUCCGGGAGUCCAAACGGAUUCUAUCACUGCCAAGCAGCGAACCGGGCGACGAAUAAGAUGGACAGUGGUCCUGGUCCCUCUCGCGCUUAUUCUCAUAACCUCGUCUACCCGCUACCUGACCCACUUUGAAAUAUCUUCUCUCCACAAGCGUGCAGACUUCGCAACUCUCCCUAGCUCAGCAAUGUCCACUGUUCCAACCCCUACACAGACCGAUCCACCUACACGACAAACGGUGCCUGCUGUCCCCACCUCUCCCACUCUCCCAGCACCGUUCCCUCAGCCCUUUGACUCGUCCCUUAGCCAGAACUUCUCCAGUCUCUCAUGCUUCAAUUUUUUCCAGAAUAUGACGAGCGCCGCGCCAUUCAGGUCUUGCCGGGCCUUCUCGCUCCUCCUGCAGUCAUCCAACUCAUUUGUCGCGGCGCAGUCGGAUCUAAACCGACUCAAUGCUGUAGUUUGGGGGACGUGUAACACAGAACCGACAAACGACGUUUGUGCAGCGAACAUGGCCUGGUUUUCCGCGAAAUUGGCAUCAGCGUGUGCCACCGACUUGAAGGAUCGGAAUAGUCUGGCCGUGGACACUCAGACUGCUCUCGAUGCCUUUGAUGUUAUGCGCAGUGCGGGCUGUCUGAUUGACCCCACCACCAACAGCUACUGCUACUUAAACGCGGUCCACAACUCGAAUCCGUCUGACGCCUUCUUCUACUCGCUCCCCCUCGGCAUACGCGUCCCCAACAACACCAUCGCCUCGUGCUCUCCAUGUACUAAGAGCUUGAUGUCACUUUAUUACACCGCAAUGGGCAACUCGUCGACCACUUUGGCGUCCAAUCUCGGAGAAGCAUAUCCUGAUGCCGCCAGGAUUUCUGUUGCGGAAUGUGGGACGGCCUAUGCGAAACUUUCAUCAGCCCAUUCAGGAGCUGAGUCACUGAAGUUACACCUUUGGACUUGUACUCUCGUGCUCAUCGGCGUCGUGUCUGUCAUGGUUUCGUUACCUUUUUUUGAGUGA